UUUCUCAACUACACAGGGCAAACAGAGGAGGGAUCAUCAGUCAAGGAUAAACUCUCAUAUUCAGAUGUGAGGGCAUCACACACAAUGGCACAGACGGAUGCGGGCAGAAUGGAAAAGUACAGGUCUACAAUCAACAGAGUGGGAAAAAAAUAUGGAAUCGCUCCAGCUCUCAUAGCUGCCAUCAUCUCCAGAGAGUCCAGGGCUGGAGAGGCCAAAUUCCCAAGCUGGAGCGCCGAGCAGCAGCUUAAAGGAGGAAUAGCGGCCUACAAUAUGGGAGAUGGAAACGUCCAUUCCUAUGGUGAAGUGGAUGCCCACACAACAGGAGGAGACUACUCCAAUGAUGUUGUUGCCAAAGCGCAGUGGUCCAACAAAAUUAAAGGCUAUUGA